ACAAAGCCAAAGAGCAUGAAUCCCUACGACGAACAGAGGCUAAGAAACGAAGUGAUUUUCCUCCACUCUCUCUGGCACCGAGGCCCUUCUCCACCUCAACCUCAAAACCCCUUUCAUUUUCCAAUUCCCUUUUCUGCACCUCAACCCUAUACCCCUCACCAGCACACGUGCCACCUUCGUCCUCAUCACCCAUUUGCACCCGCCCACACCCGAUCACUCCCCUCCCCCCUCCCCCACCUUCAAAAAAAAGAAAAAGAAACAUGAACCAAAGAACCCCACUCCUGACACCACUGCACCACCAGACCCCGAUCCGGAAUGGCCGUGCCCGGUUCAACCCGAACCGGCCCAAACAGGUUGGGCCAACCCAAACCCGAUUCACCUCCUCCUUCCACCGUGUCACCUCAAGAAAAGGAAAAGCGCGCUGCAUUGCAAGCGCAGCACAAAGCAUGCCAAGCUUUCAAGGAGUUCCUAUCAAGCCAUGAUGAUGCUGAUGAUGCUGAUGGUGAUCUCUAUGAGGAUGAUGAUGGUGGUGGUGGUGGAUGGGAAGAAUUUGAGGUUUUCUUCGUGCGGGUGUUCAUGGAAAACCAUGAAAUGAGGGGAUAUUACCAGAGGAAUUUCGAGAACGGUGAGUUUUGCUGCUUGGUUUGUGGUGGCAUUGGGAAGAAGAAAUCGGGGAAGAGAUUUAAGGGUUGUUUUGGGCUUGUUCAGCAUUCCAUGUCGAUUUUGAGGACCGUGGAGAAACGGGCUCACAGGGCUUUUGGGCUUGCCGUGUGCAAGGUUCUGGGUUGGGAUGUUGAUAGGCUUCCAACCAUUGUGAUGAAGGGGAGCCCACUUGGGCUCGAGAUGAAUCCACCCCAGGCUGAGGUAAUAAAUAAUAAUGUUACGAAGAUUUUGAGGUGAAUUUGGAGGGUUUUGGAUUAGGAUCCUCUCUAGUUAGUUUAGAGAAAGAUAGAAAGGAAAAUGCUUCAUUGAUACCCCGUUAGGUGUAUAUGCUGACUGGGUUAAGUUAACUUCGUAGGGUGAACCUGAGAAACCUGAUGAUUGUCAAUCCAUAAUUUGAAUGUUCUUCAGGAAAAUCUGGCAAAGUGAAUAGUGAGUUAUCUAGUUUCUAGGUACUAGGGAGGUCCGUUUGGUUAAUAAUGGAGAGCCUGAGGACUCUGAAUCGAGAUAACAAUAUAUAUAGCUUUUACACUGGUUCAUGAAUUCCCUUUGCACAACGUCAUAGUUUUGAAUUUGGGGCAAAUUAAUUUGCCAACUUGUAGUUAUUCACUAGUUAAUGUAGCAUACGUUUGCUCAUGUUCGUUCCAAAAUUGUAUGUUUC